AUGGAGCCCACGACAUUCACCAAGAGAGCAUCGUCCGUUGAUGAAAUAAAUAAAUCUGUGUUUGUUGACAGACGACAAUUACUCGUAUGGCGUAUAUUUCAUGGAACACACUUUUUGCUAGGUGGUCUUUGUUUCAUUGCUGGAUCGUGCAUGUAUUUUACAACUGUCUAUGAACCGCGUCCAGGAGCAUUGGUAGCAGGUGGUUGGCUCUUUACUAUAGGCUCGCUAUUUUUUUUACUGGCUGAUCUGCAGGAAUGGUCUCACUAUUUGAAAGGCUACUGGUUUUGUUGUUUACAUCGUAAAGAAUACGAAGACUCAAACGCCGGCAUGUUUCGACAUUCACGAUCUUCGCUUCUUGGCCUAUGGGAACGAUCUGAAGUUGGAAUUAAUGUUUUUGUAUCAGUGUGUGGAUCAAUUUUCUACCUAAUUGGAUCAAUUUUUUUCAUACCAGCAUUGAGCGACUAUUUGAUCACUGGCGAUUGGUUAUUCAUUGUUGGUUCAAUUCUCAUUUUUUUAUCACAAGGUUGGAAAGUAUACAGAAUGAGUCGUACAAAUCCUGAUGAUCAAACUGAUCACAGUUUUCGCUUCGUUAAUCUUUCCAGAGAUAUACCAGCUUUUUUUGCUGAUGCUUUUACAGGCUUUGGUGGUUUCUUCUACUGUGUUGGUACGAUACUAUUUCUACCGCGUUUUAAUGGGAAUGACUCUGAUGAGAACAGAGCAUCGAUACUUUUUGUUCUUGGUGGUUGUUCUUUUACUAUUGGAGGUUUCUUUCUUCAAUAUAUCUAUUAUUGUAGUCGUCACAAGUGA